AUGUCGUUUGAAGUCACGUCCAAACCUGAUGAACCUCUUAUGAUCGGGGAGGAUGAUUUCCUCGAAGAACCAGGGAGACGAAAACAAAGCCAGUCGCGAACCUGGUCGUCCAUACGGACCACCGUUCUCGCUGUUGUGGCAGCAGUCCUGCUGUUCGGCUUGGGGGUUGCGGCGGGCAAGAAUCUCCCGACCAGACCGAGAGGCCUCCUGGGUAGGACUGGUUACCCCUCACCCAUCCCUCAUUUUCGACACAUGAAAACUAACACCUUGAUAGCACCCGAAGGCAACGUAAAUGUCUUCAUGGAAUACAAUAGCACAUUCACUCUCCACCCCUCACCCGAAAGCAACGCAGCAUGGGAUGCUCUCUUCCCCACGGGUAAAGGGUUCGUUAAACAUCCCACCAUUGCACCCGAGACUUCGGGUAUUGUUGUCUACCACGGACUCCAUUGUCUCAAUGCCCUCCGUGAAGUUUACUAUGCGGCUGUUGAUGGCAAGUUGGCCCAUAUGGCCGACGAACACGAUCAUCAGACGGAUCCUCAUCAUGUUCGACACUGCUUUGAUUAUCUCCGACAGAGUCUGAUGUGCUCGGCGGAUACGAACUUGGAGCCGGUGUCGAAGGAUUUGAAGGGGGUUACGGGGUGGGGAUUCACGAGGACGUGUCGUGAUUUGGAGGGUGUGAAGGCGUGGGCGGAGAAGAAUUGGUCGAAUGAGAUUUGA